AACAUGACGACCCUCCAAUUCCAACACCCCAAACCCGGAGCGAAGUUGAAAGUCAUCGGCGCAGGUCUCCCACGUACGGGCACCAAUUCUCUCUGCGCCGCGCUUCAAAUCCUCCUCGACGGUCCCUGCUACCACAGCGGCGUCCAAUACACGUACGCCGCCUACGAUGAGAAGCACAUCAAAACUCUCACCCGCGUGGCAGCCCAGUACCCUUACACCUCGGAUUCGCGCCCGCACAUCGAACAGGAGCUCAAAGACCUUCUAGAUGGCUUCGUUGCCACGGCCGAUCCGCCUCUGUCGUUGAUCUACGAUGUGCUGCUCCGUCUGUACCCGGACGCCAUUGUCGUGGUGACCACCCGCGAUCGGGACUCGUGGACGAGAGCGAUGAUGGAGGUCCUGCGAAUUGCCUUGCCGCCGCGGCUUUUGUUCUGGUGGAUUCCGAAUCUACGGUGGUUGCCACAAUUUUCCGAUGCGUGCGGGAAUGUUUUGUUCCAGAAGUAUGGAUUGUUGCUCAGGGAUGUGGAGACGGCUAUCGCGACGUGGGAGAGGCAUAUGGCUGAGCUUGAGAGGGUUGUGCCGAAGGGCCAGCUGGUUUAUGUUGACGUCAAGGAUGGCUGGGAGCCGCUGUGCAAGGCGCUUGAUCGACCGAUUCCGGACAUACCAUUCCCGAGACUCAACGAUGCGAAAGAUUUCGAGGAUCACUUCAAGAAGUUGGCUGUUCGAGGACUGGCCCGGUGGGCGUUGUUUGGAGUCACGCUAUCUGCAGCGACGUUGGGUGCUCUGCUCAUCGGAGUCAAGAUGCUCGAAACUCCGCCGACGUUCAUGGAACGGAAGUCUGGCCUCUUGUCCGCAGUUGGUGGGGGCUUGCUAGCACUUGGUGCUCUGCUGACGCGCUACAUUUAG